UAAAAACUAACUCAACACUGCCUCCAGAAUCUCUGCAAGCGGAAGUCGACGCCGCCUCCUCUCCGGUGGUCGAGCCUGCGACGCCGUGUUGCAAUACAAUUCAAGAAGUAGGGAUUGAGCUCAUUGCUAGUUGUAACAGCAAGAAGUCACGAAGAGGUUGAGCCAACAGCUCAACUUUGGCUCAGUGGUUGCUGAAACUUUAUCUUAUCUUCAAUUCAUCACAAUCAAUACAGUUCCUGUUCUAUACCAUUCCUAUUCUUCAACUAUCAGCAAAUUCCAUCUGCUGGAGAACUCAAUUGAUCAACAUCUUACAAAAUACAUCAUUUUUUUGGUGGAAAAUCGGCAGUUUGAGUUUGGAUAGACAAUGCAUGGCCUGAAUGCAUUAUCUGAAAGCUCACUGGCAAUCAGGCCAGCUACAACUUCAUUAGCUUUCUUCAAUCCUAAGAAAUCUGCAGUUUACAGGAGCUGUUUUGUUCCAAUGAACAUUGGCAUGCAGUCAUUGAAGAAUUCAUCGCUCAGAGCUCCUCCAGCUCAUUGCAGAGCUUCUUUGGAAGUUUCUACUUGUAGCACUGAGGUACCAGUCCAUGGGUUGUCAGAAACGGUUGUGGGCGUUCUUGGUGGAGGGCAACUUGGUCGUAUGUUAUGCGAAGCAGCUUCUCAGUUGGCGAUAAAGGUGGUCAUACUAGACCCGAUGGAGAACUGCCCAGCAAGUAAUUUAUGUCAUUAUCAUAUGGUGGGAAGCUAUGAUGAUAGUGCUACAGUUGAAGCAUUUGCCAAGAGAUGUGGAGUGUUAACUGUUGAAAUUGAGCACGUAGAUGCUGCAACUCUGGAGAAGCUUGAACAAAAAGGCGUAGAUUGCCAGCCUAAAGCUUCAACUAUUCGAAUCAUCCAGGAUAAGUACCUUCAGAAGGUCCAUUUUUCUGAACAUGGAAUUCCACUGCCUAAGUUCAUGAAGAUAGAUGAUCUUGAAGGUGCUAAAAGAGCAGCAGAACUAUUUGGUUAUCCUCUUAUGAUUAAGAGCAGAAGGCUGGCUUAUGAUGGACGAGGCAAUGCUGUUGCUAAAAAUGAAGAUGAGAUUUCUUUAGCAGUAAAUGCACUUGGAGGAUAUGCUCGUGGUUUAUAUAUUGAGAAAUGGGCACCAUUCGUAAAGGAGCUUUCUGUUGUUGUGGCAAGAGGAAAAGAUGGUUUUGUUCUAUGCUAUCCUGUAGUUGAAACUAUCCACAGGGAGAACAUCUGUCACAUUGUCAAAUCACCUGCCAAUGUAUCUUGGAAGUUUCUACAACUUGCAACCGAAGUUGCAUACAAGGCUGUGAGUUCAUUGGAAGGUGCUGGUAUUUUUGCGGUUGAGUUGUUUUUGACAGCCGAUGGUCAGAUCUUGCUGAAUGAAGUGGCUCCCAGACCUCACAAUAGUGGACAUCAUACAAUCGAGUCUUGUUUUACCUCACAAUACGAGCAGCAUCUGAGAGCUGUUGUCGGACUUCCACUUGGUGAUCCAUCAAUGAAAGUUCCAGCGGCUAUCAUGUAUAAUAUACUUGGUGAAGAUGAGGGAGAAGCUGGUUUUCUUCUAGCUAAUCAACUUAUUGGAAGGGCAUUGAGGAUUCCUGGUGCGACGGUCCACUGGUAUGACAAACCAGACAUGAGGAAACAAAGAAAGAUGGGCCACAUCACCCUCGUUGGCUCCUCUAUGGGCCUUCUCGAAACACGACUGCAUUCCAUAUUGGAAGAAGAAUCAAAACAAGACGAGCCUGCAGCUGCUCCUCGUGUUGGAAUUAUAAUGGGCUCUGACUCUGACCUCCCUGUCAUGAAGGACGCUGCUAAGAUUUUGAGCGAGUUUAACGUGCCAGCGGAGGUAAGAAUAGUCUCAGCACACCGGACCCCUGAAAUGAUGUUUUCCUAUGCUUCAUCUGCUCGGGAGCGUGGUAUCCAGGUCAUCAUUGCAGGUGCUGGAGGUGCAGCUCACUUGCCAGGCAUGGUAGCUGCUUUGACCCCCUUGCCUGUAAUUGGUGUUCCUGUCCAUGCAUCUACAUUAGACGGACUCGACUCUCUCUUGUCCAUUGUACAGAUGCCAAGGGGAGUCCCAGUUGCCACAGUAGCAAUAAACAAUGCAACCAAUGCUGGUCUGCUAGCAGUAAGGUUACUAGGAAUCAGUGACUUUGAUUUGCAAGCAAGGAUGACACAGUAUCAAGAAGAUAGAAGAGGUGAGGUUUUGGUCAAGGAUGAUAAGCUGGAAAAAGGUGGCUGGGAGGACUACCUCAAUUCAUGAAGAUGCCAACAUCGAUAGCAUUUUUUCCGAGCAGCUAGGUAACGGCAAUCUACAAUUCUUGAGAAAUGAAUGAUGCAUUACUUAAAAACGUAACUUAUGGUGAUGCUGAAGUAGAUAGAAUGGUUAGUAGUCUCAACCAAUGACUUUUGAUACAUGUCAGUAAAGGUGAGAUAUUUUGGAGAGGGUGUAUGUGUGUUGUGUUGACAACAUGUUGCUUACAGAUGUUGAAUUAGAGUCCUUUUUAAUUUAA